GCGUGAAUGGAUUCAGCACCCACACCAGCACCAAGAACUUCACUCCGCUCGCAGGUGUUUGUGGCCGCUAGCGACCGCGAGGGGCGCCCAAACCCUGAUUAUCAGAAGUGCCGAGUUUGCGCGCGUCACCACGCGCUACGAACAUGCCCGCUCUUUAGAAGGAUGCAGCCAGCGCAGCGGUACUUGUUGGCGCGGGCCCAUAACUACUGCACCAACUGUCUGGCACUGUCGCACGCUACCAGCGAAUGCACAUCCCAGAUCACGUGCAGGAUAUGUGCACUGCCGCACCACACGAUGCUUCAUCGGGCCCCGCCGCCACCACAGCCACAUCGCCGUACCACCGCACCUCCAACUCAAACACCUCCGACACCGGCCUCCCGCUCAAACGCUCGCGAUCGUCGCAACCCACCUACCCAGGCCGCUACCCAUCGCUACAAUCCGACUGCAGCCACCAUUCCACAACCACGCACCGUCAAACGUUCGGCAACAGGGCUCCAUACCGCUGCAUUCCGAGAAAAGAUGGCAAAUCGGCUAAUGGAUGAGGCCAUUAGAGCGCUGGAGCAGUUGAAAGUGGCACUAGCCGUCUAGCGCGCCUAGGCGGGGCAGGAUGUUCAAGUGAGUGACUAGCGCACGCACACCGCAUUAACCAAUUGUAUUUAUUGAAUUAGCUAGACUUGAAAUAUUUCUACGAAUUGUAACUUUUGAACUCAUAAAAAUUAACUCGCACCGAAUUACCUUCCGCAUCUUCGGUCUGCCCGAAAAUUUGUAACUCGAAGCAAAAUUAAUGAACGCGAAUUGAAUACGAACCAAAUAAACCUGCGUUGUUCUCAAACUAAAUUGAAA